AUGGCUUCCAAACUAGUGGAGGGCCUUUGCUGUCCAGUCUGCACCAACAUCUACACAGAACCUGUGAUUCUGUCAUGUAGUCACAGCUUCUGCAAAGGCUGUCUACAACGCUGGUGGACACUGAAGGAUACACUUGCAUGUCCGGUUUGUAGGAGAAGAUCAUCAAAGGAUCACCCAAAAGUAAACCUGGCCCUAAUGAACCUGUGUGAGACCUUUUUGUCGGAGAGAGAUGCAGAAGAUCUCUGCAGUCUGCACUCUGAGAAACUCAAACUCGUCUGUCUGGACCAUCAGCAGCCGGUGUGUCUCAUCUGCAAAGAUUCAGAAAUACAUGCAAAUCACACCUUCAGACCCAUCAAUGAAGCUGCUGAACAACACAAGAAGAAACUUCAGGAAACCGUGAAGCCGUUAACAGAGAAGUUGGAGGUUUUUAAAGGACUUAAAGGGGAUUUUGUUCAGGCAGAACAACACAUCAAAACUCAGGCUCAGUGCACAGAGAUGAGGAUAAAGGAGGAGUUUAGGAAGUUUCACCAUUUUUUGAUAAUGGAAGAGGAGGCCAGACUGGCUGCUCUGAGGAGGGAAGAGGAGCAGAAGAGUCAGAGGAUGAAGGAGGAGAUUUCAGCUCUGAGCAGAGAGAUAGAUGAUCUUUCAGACACAGUCACAGCUGCAGAGGACCAGCUGAGAGCUGAAGACAUCCCAUUCUUAAAAAACUACAAAUCUGCAGUGGAAAGAGUCCAGCAGCGCCCCCCUCUGAAGGAUCCACAGCUGCCCAUAGGAGCUCUGAUAGACCAGGCCAAACACCUGGGCAACCUGGGCGUCAAGAUCUGGACCAGGAUGAAGGAUUUACUUUCCUACAGUCCUGUGAUUCUGGAUCCAAACACUUCUCACCCAAACCUCACCCUGUCUGAUGAUUUGACCUGCGUAAGUCUAGAAGAAGAAGAAAAGCAGCAUCCUGAUAAUCCAGAGAGGUUUGACCUUCUUGUGUCUGUCGUGGGCUCUGAGGGCUUUGACUCAGGGACCCACAGCUGGGAUGUCUACGUUGGAGACAGCAUAAAUUGGACUCUGGGCGUGAUCGCAGAAUCCUUUAAAAGAAAGGGAGAUGUGCUGACCGGACACUGGAGGAUAGGACUUGGUUCUGGUCAAUACUCAGUCAGGUCAUCACCAAAUCCAGAAAUUGUUAUUAUGGUCCAAGGGAAGCUCCAAAGGGUCCGAGUCAGUCUGGACUGGGACAGGGGAACGCUCUCUUUCUCUGAUCCUGAUGGGAACAGACUCAUUCAUACUUUUAAAUACCGCUUUACAGAGAGGCUGUUUCCAUUCUUUAACACUGAGGAUAAACUCCCUCUCAAGAUCCUACAGCUGAAAAUGGGUGUGAAAAUAAACAAGAGCAGCUUAUGA